UGGGAGUUCGGAGGCAGCAGCGGUGUCUGAGGGAGCUCGGCCGCCAUUUUGUGCCUCUCGCUCAGUUCGGGGCGGCCGCGCGCGCGCUGCGGCUCUGAGGGAGCGCUCGGUUCUCCUGCUCUGUAGGUCGGGGUGAGGCCGCCAUGGGCCGUAAGAAGAAGAAGCAGCUGAAGCCUUGGUGCUGGUAUUGUAAUAGAGAUUUUGAUGAUGAGAAAAUCCUUAUACAGCAUCAAAAAGCAAAGCACUUUAAAUGCCAUAUAUGUCAUAAGAAACUGUAUACAGGACCUGGUUUAGCUAUACACUGCAUGCAGGUACAUAAAGAAACAAUAGAUGCUGUUCCAAAUGCUAUUCCCGGAAGAACAGACAUUGAACUGGAAAUCUAUGGAAUGGAAGGCAUUCCAGAAAAAGAUAUGGAGGAACGGAGGAGGUUACUUGAACAAAAAACUCAGGAGAGCCAGAAAAAAAAACAACAGGAUGAUUCUGAUGAGUAUGAAGAUGAUGAAUCUGCAGCUUCAACUUCAUUUCAACCCCAGCAAGUUCAGCCGCAACAGGGGUACAUUCCCCCAAUGGCACAGCCAGGUUUGCCUCCUGUGCCAGGUGCACCAGGGAUGCCUCCAGGUAUACCCCCAUUAAUGGCAGGUGUUCCACCUAUGAUGCCUGGAAUGCCUCCAGUUAUGCCUGGAAUGCCACCUGGAUUACAUCAACAGAGAAAAUACAUGCAGUCAUUUUGUGGUGGAAACAUGAUGAUGCCAAUGGGUGGAAUGAUGCCUCCUGGGCCGGGAAUCCCACCUCUUAUGCCUGGUAUGCCACCAGGUAGGUCAGGGUUGUCGAACUCGUACUAUGGGAUGCCCCCGCCUGUUGGGCCUCGGCCUGGCAUGCCACCAAUGACACAAGCACAGCCUGUUACAGCCCCGGGCAUUCUGAAUCGGCCUCCAGCUCCUGCUGCAACAGCCCCGACCCCACAACCUCCAGUUACUAAACCACUGUUCCCAAGCGCGGGGCAGAUGGGGACACCUGUCACAAGCUCAAGUGCAGCUUCCUCCAAUUCAGAAAGUCUCUCAGCAUCUUCUAACGCUCUGUUUCCUAGCACAGCACAAGCUGCAGCAGCUGUGCCAGGGCCAGUUGGUACUGAUUUCAAACCUUUGAAUUCUACACCCGCAACAACAACGGAACCCCCCAAACCAACAUUCCCUGCUUACACACAGUCCACAGCCUCAACCACUAGCACAACAAACAGCACUGCAGCUAAACCAGCUACAUCUAUCACAAGUAAGCCUGCUACCCUCACAACAACCAGUGCAACCAGUAAGUUGAUCCAUCCAGAUGAGGAUAUAUCACUGGAAGAGAGAAGGGCACAGUUGCCUAAAUACCAGCGCAAUCUUCCUCGGCCAGGCCAGGCUGCCCUGGGUACUCCACCGGUUGGACCAAUUGGAGGUAUGAUGCCACCACAGCCAGGAAUUCCUCCACAACAGCAAGGAAUGAGACCUCCCAUGCCACCUCAUGGUCAGUAUGGUGCUCAUCACCAGGGCAUGCCAGGAUAUCUUCCUGGAGCAAUGCCUCCAUAUGGUCAGGGACCUCCGAUGGUGCCCCCGUACCAGAGUGGACCUCCUCGCCCUCCGAUGGGAAUGAGACCUCCCGUCAUGUCGCAAGGUGGUCGCUACUGAUGCUCCUACUCACGCUCUAAUAGGUUUGGAGAUUAAACCUUUUCUCAUCUUGUGCUGUUAAUAUAGCCGAGCUUCCGUCAAUUAAGGCUUCAUUGUGACUUUUAAAAAAAUAAGUAUCUUCCCACAUGCAAGGAGCUAUUGGACAUUCUUAUUUUACAUGGGAAAAAUUAUUUGGAAUAAUAACAGGAACUUUUCCUGAUGUUGCAAUUUAUACUGUAUGGCUUCUUUUUCAUGUUUCAUCUAGGUUUUUAGAAGUGAAGUAUAGUAAAUAUGGUUCGUUAAAUUGUGAAGGCGCUGGAAUUACAUGAACAUACCACCUUAAAGGCAAGUUCUGUAAUGUUAUGUUGCUAUUUGUGAAAUGAUGCCUUCACAGCACUUCAAGUGCUGUUGGACUUCGUGUCCCCAACAUAGUUUGGUGAGGGCUGUAACUGUUCCCAACUACUUGUACAUUAAAGUCCAAACUUGUAACAAUAUUUAAUGUAUUUAGAGUUCCUCCUGUUCCAGGGUUUAACUAAACUGACCCACUAAGGUCAUGUGACUUUUCUGUACUGUUAUAAACUUCAUUGUAAUAAAAGAGGAGAAAAAUUUAUAUGCCUUUUUAUUCGUGACCAGCUGUGGACAACUGCCUGAAAGGUUUGUACAGACGCAUGCCGUGGUGGCCAUUGGUGUAAUGAACACAAUUAUUGGUGCUGUUUUGAUAAAGUCUGAAUUCCUUGUUCUAAAAGUAUCUCUCCUUAGCUGUAUGUCUGAGUAGACAAAGACCUGUACACUUAUUAACUGAUCCCUCAAAACUGAGGCUGCAGGAGGCACAUCCUAACUCUUGGUUGUAACUUCUCUUAAUGCAUAUGUUUCUUUAUUUGUGCUUUCUUGUCCUCAAUAAAUUUUAAAUGACUUCUAGUCCUGGCACUUGCUUGUAGGAAGUGAAAGUGCUCUGAGAUACAUCCUAGUGCCAAGAUAUGUCCCAUUAGUUCACUCUGCAACUGAUGCUUUUUAAUGUGCAAAUGGAGGUGAGUUUUAGGAGCCUUUUAGGUGAAGAUUUCUAGAAGCUUAGGUGCAUGGCACAUGGGUGAGUGACUUCCAAUUGAUGUAUUGAAGUUGACCUGCAAAAGAGAAAUAGUAGCUUAAUCCUCUUAAUGCAUAGAAGAGUCAAAGCAGGCAAGAGUAAUAUGUUACAUGCUGUGUUUUUACUUUAAAUGUUCAGAAUUUUGUAUUUUGGCAGUCUCUGAAAGGUGAACCAUUUUAACCAUCUGUUGUGUGCUAUGAUCAGAUGUUGUCUGAGAUUUCUUGAGCCUUUCAGUGAAAGUUUCUGGAGUAAGAGACUUUUUUAUCCCAGAGAGGUCUCUCUAAGAAUUAGCCAUUUCUCUGUUUAUAAGAGUAGAGCAACAAGUUCCUCUUAAGGUUGUAAUUAAAUCUGACAUCACGUGUUCCUGUGUUAUACCUCUGAUGAGACCGUAGAGAGAGAGUUUUUGAAGGGGAGAGAAGUAAGAGCCUCUCCAGCCUCUUCUCAACAGGGAAAAGAAUGGUGAAUUUUUCAUUUGCAGGUCAACUUUUAAUACAUGUGCCAGCCUCAAGCCUCUGCAGUUUAGUUAAUGGGGAUAUCUCUUCUUUAGGAUAGGGUUAGAAGGAUCAUCAGCAUUUUUGUGUCAUUAUAUUCAUAGAUGUUUUUGUAGAUGAUGGAAGUUUUUCACUUUAAUUAUAAUACUGAGCAUUAUGGCUCUGUUUCCUGAAAGUCUUGCAGUUUUUUAGCUGCACUAAAGUACUUCAUGUGGCUUCAUUCUUACUGUCUCUUAAAAGUGAGAAAUACAGUACAGCUAAAAUACUACAAUGUCUCAGCUUCUGACCUGUGGUCACAGAAUGUCUCAAAAGCACUAGAGUAUUCAGUGCAACCUAGUUACAGCUGAAUGGCCUUACUUUAACCAUUAAGAAUUGCCAGGCAUGAAGUGUUUGGCAGUUUUAAGACCAUAACUCCAAGCCUCUGUUGAGAAGCAGUUCUCUCUAAUCACUGGUAUCUACUGAUCACCCGUCAGAUGUGCAGUAUUUGGCUUGCAAAUGUGCUGAGUGGGCCUUGAUGUCAAUUUUUUUGUUAGUUCUUUAUCUUGCUUUAGGCAUAAGUCUAA